GGCGGCGGCGGCAGCAGCAGAGGCGCUGUCCAGGGCUGAUCUGCGGCUCGGGCUGCAUUGGCCGGGCGGGGGGGAGGCCGAGCAGCGGGCUCGGGUUACACCCCCGCGGCGGGCGGGGGAAGGGAGCGGGCCGCCGGGGCCUCGCCUCGGCCAGGUGACCCGGUCGGCGGGGCGCACCUGGCCCCCUCGAGGGCGCCGCCGCCGCUCCGGCGGCCGACCCCCGAGCCCACUUCCUGCCGCUGUCCGCUGGGGACCCCGUGGCCCCGCACCCUCGUAGGCCCGGCCCCCAGCGGCGCGCGGCCUCCCGCUCCCCACCCCGCCCCCUCCCCGGGCCCGGCCCGAGCCGCUCCCCGGCCGGAAGGCGCUGUUGCCUCGGAGCGGACGGGCGCCGGCCCAUGAGGCUGGACAGCGAUCCGGGCUGCGCCGCUGCCCUCCCGCCCCAGCCGUCCCCCGCAGCACCCCCACGCGAGCUUCGCCCCCCCUCCCCCCAUCCCCAGAGCCUGAGCCCGGCCGUAAGGGGGGCGGGGGACUCAACUUCAGAAACUUCCGGAGGGAGAGGCGGCGGGCGGGCGGGCCCGGGCCGGCGUGGGUGGGGGUGCCGCCGGACCCCCGGGGGAGGGGGGCGGCCUCUCCCGCUAGCGCCCAGGCCGGAGUUGGGCCGCUCCUCGCCUCCGAGGGAAGCAGGAGAAUUGUGGGGGCGCCCGAGUCCGGAAAGUGCUGAGCUGCUGUUAUGGCCACUCAGGUGCUAGGUCAGACUGGAGGCAACGGGCUUUUCACUGGGAAUGCCAACAUCGUCAUGGCAUUGCCUAACGACAUGUACGACUUACAUGACCUCUCCAAAGCUGAGCUGGCAGCACCUCAGCUGAUUAUGUUGGCCAACGUGGCCUUGACUGGGGAAGUGAAUGGCGGUUGCUGUGACUACAUGGUUGGAGAAGAAAGACAAAUGGCAGAGUUGACCACAGUGGGAGACAACAACUUCUCAGACAGUGAUGGGGAGGGUCUCGAAGGGGCUCCUGGAAUAGAAAGUGAGUCAAAUAGACCUGAAAACAUGGAAUUGGGGUCUUUGGAAAUCAUUGUUGUUGACCCUCAAACUGUGUAUGAAUCAUCUGUUCCAGAGACUUUUAGUUCGGAAAAAGAUCCUCCCUCAGAGACUCCCUAUCAGCCAGAGACCCCUGAGGACAAAUGCAAGAGCUUGAAGAGCAAGCCUUUCCGCUGCAAACCUUGCCAGUAUGAAGCUGAGUCGGAAGAAGAAUUUGUACAUCAUAUCAGAGUCCACAGUGCCAACAAAUUUUUUGCAGAGGAAAAUGCAGAGAAACAAGCACAGCAAGCGCAGACCAAGGAGUCGGAGCCUUCUGUUGCUGAAGAAGCUGAUUUUUCCAAGGGGCCUAUCCGAUGUGACCGGUGCGGCUACAACACCAACCGAUACGAUCACUACUUAGCUCACUUGAAGCACCACAAUAAAGCCGGAGAGAAUGAGCGGGUGUACAAGUGCAUGCUGUGCACCUAUACCACCGUAAGCGAGUAUCACUGGAAGAAACACUUGCGAAAUCAUUUUCCUAAGAAAGUGUAUACCUGCUCGCAGUGCUCCUACUUUUCAGACAGGAAAAAUAAUUACAUUCAACAUAUUCGAACACAUACCGGUGAACGCCCAUAUCAGUGUGCUAUGUGUCCCUAUUCCAGCUCGCAGAAGACACAUUUAACUAGACAUAUGCGUACUCAUUCAGGAGAGAAACCAUUUAAGUGUGAUCAGUGCAGUUAUGUGGCCUCUAAUCAGCAUGAAGUUACCCGCCAUGCCAGGCAGGUUCACAAUGGGCCGAAGCCACUGACUUGCCCUCACUGUGACUACAAAACGGCCGACCGGAGUAACUUCAAAAAGCACGUAGAACUCCAUGUGAAUCCGCGGCAGUUCCUUUGCCCUGUUUGUGAUUAUGCUGCUUCCAAGAAGUGUAACCUGCAGUAUCAUAUCAAGUCCAGGCAUUCCGACUGUUGUGAUAUUGCGAUGGAUGUUUCCAAAGUGAAACUCAAAAAAUCCAAAAAGAGUGAGGCAGAGAAUUGUGCUUCUGAUAGCGUGGCCAGCGAAAAAACUGAAAAAGAGCCAACAAAAACAAAGGGAGAGGCGGUAGAAAAGAUGAGUGAAAAGAGUGUAAAAGUUGAGAAAAAAGAAAAAGAAAAUGCCUCAAAAGAGAAAAAGCCAGGCGCCUUAGGCCAAGUGACCACCCGAAAUCGAAAGUUGGCAACAGAGUCAAAGGAGGUAGAUGUCAAAGCUGGGAAAGGUUCAGAAAAACCAUGUAAAAACAAAAAAAUGAAAAGGAAGGCGGAAAGUGAAGCAGCUCCUUUAAGUAAUAAUCCAGUGAAUGAUACAGAACCUGUGGUAAAAAAGAAGAAGAAAGAGGGCAAAUCUAGAAAGAGCCAGGAAGCUGGCAAAGACGAAGUCCGCGCUGAAGAGCAUAAGAGACAGAAAGCUUGCCUAAAGAAAAACAAAAAGAAGAAAGCUUUGAAAGGUAAACACGGUAAAAAACCUGCCAAGUCCGGGCAGGCAAAGCCAAUUCUGCAUGAACUGGCCCCUGAAAAAUCUCCUCCUUCCCCUCCCCCUCCUCUUCCUUUCUCUCCAGAGGAUCCAAGGGAGAAGUCUGACAGCUCUGGAGAAGAGCCCCCAAAAGAGGAGGUCCUUGUGAAAGAUGCCUUAGUGCCUGUUAAGAACCCGAUAACCGACGAAGGCCCGGGCUCUCAGGAGCACCUGGCAGUGCUUGAGCCCGCAGCAGCGCCUAUCCCUGCCAUUGCAGCACCUGCUGAAAGUGUGGCAAGCGCAGAAAGGAAAGACCAAGAAAUGCUCCCGGAGCAGCGGGAAGAAGACAAAGAAACUGCUCUUGAGAGAGCGCCAGAUGAAGUCCCAAGGAGGGGUUCAUGUGGUUGUAGUCCAUCAUCUUGGGAACCAGGGGACAGUCUUCCUGAGAAAGAACAUCAGACUGACACCGUGUGUGAAAUGGAAACUGAACCGAGUCCAAGCCCAGUACAGCAUCUGGCUGAUAAAGACUUGACAGCUGAAGAGCCGCCUUCGCUGCCAGAACCGCCCCUGCCAGAACCCCCACUGCUGGCAGAGCCCACGCCGCCCGCUCCUCCAGCAGCAGCAGAACGGGCCGAGCCGGCCUCCCAGCCCGUGCCGGUGCCCUCCUCAGUGCCCGCUGCCGCCAGCGAGUCUCAGGAAAUCGAUGAAGAUGAGGGCAUCCACAGUCAUGAUGGCAGUGACCUGAGUGACAACAUGUCAGAGGGCAGUGAUGACUCUGGGUUGAAUGGUGCUCGAUCCGUGCAGGAAGAAACCAGUAGGAAAGCUUCCCAGGAGGAAGUCUCCACAGCAGUUGAAGCAGCCAACUUUGUCUGCAUUUUCUGUGAUAGGUCUUUUAGAAAGGAAGGAGAAUAUAGCAAACACCUUAAUCGACAUUUAGUCAAUGUCUACUACCUUGAGGAAGCAACUAAGGAGUUAGAAUGACUCGGCUCCCUCUGACCAAGCCUACAAUUCUUGUAUGAAAGAUCUCUGAUGAAUAAUUCUUGUAGUAGACAGUUCUUUUUUAAUUUUGGAGUAGUGUCUAAUGAUUUAAGGUAGAUACUUUUUCCUCACCAUCCUUUUACAAUAGUUUGUUAAUCUCUUGCAUACACUAGUAAAUCCAAGGAAUCGGAUUUCUCAUUUCUACUAAACAAGUGCUAGUGGAAAACUAUUAGCCUUUGCAUAAAUUAUUUUUAAAAUGAGAUUUAGAAAACAAAAUAUACACAAAUGUUCUAUUGAUCAUACAGUUAGCAGUAGUCAGUGUUUUUCCCGUUUCUAGUCUCUAGUUUUAUCUAAAAUACAUUUUAUUUUUUGGUUCCUUGUUUAGUUAUGCAUAAAUCAGCAUAUUGGUAGCAAAUUACUCAGUGGUUUUCUUUGAGGAAUCUGAUCUCUUUCAGAAAAUUAGCACUUUUAACAAAAAGAAAAAAAAAAGCCACAGUGUGUGGUUAAAGAAAUGAACAGUCAUAACUUUUAAAAUGUUUUUUGUUUCUCCCUCUAAUGGACAGUGAAUUUUGUCCACAUUUAUUAGUCUUUUCUGAUUUUUGAUUAAAAUUUCUGAUAUGUGUCAAUCUUCAUCAAUAUUAUAACAUUGGUUUAUAAUUGUGGGAAGUAAAGGGGAGUGCUAUUUUUUAUUUUUGGUGGUGCUUUAAUGGCUUAAAAUGUUGCACAUUGUGUUUUUGAUUUUUUUUUUUCCCUUUUUUACCUAUGCAGUGUAAUCUUUUAGAAAUAGCAUUUUUUGCUGUACAGGAACACUUUAUAUAUAUGUGUGUGUGUGUGUAUGUGUAUGUAUGUGUGUGUGUAUAUAUAUAUAUGUGUGUAUAUAUAUGCAUGUUUAUUUUGAUUCAUUUUAAAAGAACUUUCAGGUUUGUUGCUUACCACAGAGCAGGCGUUUUUCUGUUCAUUUCCUUUGCAGCAGUUUGUUGUCUUUUUCAUGGAAAGUCAUUUGAGUUUGCUAAAAUAAGCAUUAUUUAUGUGUAUGUAUGCUAAUGUGUAGUUUGUGAGCAGAUGAAGUAAAUGCAGAUUCAAUCCAUUGUAUUUUGAUUUUCACAUCUAAUGCAUAUUAGAAUCCAUGUUUCAUGUUAAUUUAUUUUAAAGUGGCUAUAGUAAAUUGGCACUCUUUGGUUUUGAUUUCAUAAUCAUUAUGCAUUUUGGCUGUAUAAUGUAUAUAUAUAUAUAUAUGAUGAAUUUGUGAGUCAAAUCUCACAUAGUAAAAAAAUCAGUAGAUUUUUUUUUUCCUGAGUCCGUUUUGGUACUGCUGCUUCUCAAACUGCAUAGUAUAAAUUGGACUUUUCAUGUAAACAUUAUUUUCAUAAAUGGCUGUUGUCCAUGAAGUCACCAAUCCAAAUAAAUACCAUAUGCUGGUAAGUAGCAAACCUGAGGUUAGGAAAGAAAGGAGGGGAAUUGCCUCUUCCUUUUUCAUUCAAGUUAUACAGAGCCAUGGAAUCCUCCAAGAUUUCACCUGGGAUAAAAAAAAAAGACAUUUACAGAUGUUUGUAGACCAGCCCCAACUUCUCCCCAUGAAGAAAGGGAACAGGACAGCCAAUAAAGUUAACUCUGAAGUGCCAUCCAGAUUUUCUUAUAUAUGUAUAUAUACACACACACACUGUCAGAAUACAUUUGGCUAGCUCCCAUGGUGUGUGCAUUCUGGGUCGCCUUUGCAGCAGCCCGAGGCUAUUUUAAAAAAAAUCAACUCACAUUCAAAGUGGGCAGUUAGCACUAAAAGGGAAAUCUCUUCAGGGCAGUGUCUUCUUUAGUGGUCCUUUUCCCCUAGGUUCUUUGGCCAGCUGCUGAAAACUACAGAUAAAAAAUUUGCUCUUAAAAGUUUUUUUUGAUCUGAAAAGUUUUCAUAGCAAAUAUAUGAAAUUUGAACACAAUGGGACAAAAAAAUCUGAAGAAUCCCAAUAGUGCAUUUCUGGAAAGUCACUUUAAUGUUUAGGUUCUCUUCUUUAAACAUGAGACCUGAUCAUGGAAAAUGAGUUCUGGUUUUUAUAUCGACCAUAUUCCCAAAUGUGCAGCAGUACAACUUGAAUGAAUGGGAAAGCUAGGGUAGAAGGGAGGGAAUUGGGGGGAGGGGGAGGUAUGGACAUGGAUGUGGGGGGGAUGCUUCUUUUGGCAGAGAUCUGGAGAUGAUGUUCAAGGGUAUGGAACUUGGUAUUGGGAGGCCAAAGAUUUAAGGAAGCAGAAAAAUCUCAUGGCAGGAGUAAGUUGUGUGAUGUAGCAUGUGUUCAGUGUGCAUGAAUGGGUAUGAUUAAAUGGUGUUGAAUACUAGGCUCUGACAAUCAUUGUCAACAUAAGAUCAAGUUGCAACUAUAUUUAUGUUAAAAAAUUUUUUUAAUAAUGAUACUAGUUAUGUCUUCCUUUAAAAACACCUAGUUUUAAUAUUCAUGGGUACAUUUUAUUGGGUUUUCUUUUAUAGUAUAUGAAUAUGAAAAUUGCUAUCUUUUGGUAAAUGUUUAGCAGAGACUUUUAUAGAAAUCUCAGUUCUGCAAAGAGGUUUUAUUAGGUCCCUUCAAAUCUCUUAAGCAAGAAAAUUUGCCAUCUCUAUAGAUGCUGAAGAGCUUUAGUAAUAUUCUAAUCCAGUUUUAAGACUAGUCUAAAAACCUUAAAAGUUAAAUGUAACAAAUUAACAAAUAACUUGAUCAUUAAAUUGAUCAAGACCUAUGUUGCUGCAAGAUAACUUUUUGUUUUACUGGGAAGUAGGUGGAACUUUAAGGCCUUUUCCCCAGCAAGCAAGGACUUUGUGACAGUCAGGCCUAUAUUAGGUACUGUCCUUUAUUGCUAUGUAUUUUUGCUUAUUGAUUUAAAGUAAAUCAAUAAUUCCAAAUAUAAAUUUCCAAUAAAUAGAAAUUUUAUUUGGAAUGUUAAGUAUUUGCAUGAAAAUGUCUCAUCUUUCAGUUUUUUAUUUGGAUAGAACUGAAGCUAGAAUUUUUGGCAAUAUAUUAAGAGAAAGUAACAAGACCUAACAUCCUAUUCAUAUGUGUAAGUUGAUGCUUCUGUAUUAUUGGUAACUACCGAAAUACUAUAGUGUGUGAACCUAAUUAACUUAUGCUAUUGGUCUUCUAAAAUAUGUAUUUCCUUUACACUUUAGACUUCUGUGUACCACAUCGUUUCCUCUUUUCAGUAUUUCCAGUGUAUUUCUUAUUUCUCUUUUUGGUUUCCAGUCAUAGGUGCUUAUUUUUCUUGAGGCUUGUUGAUGAUGCCUCUUGUAGAUAGAAAUCUGCUCUUGUCUUUCAUGCUUGGCCCAUUUCUGGAGCCAUUUCUGUUUGAACUAUGUUGGGGGAGGGAAGGAUGUAUUGAUUGACAGAGGUUUGUAACCUUAAACAGAAGCAACCCCCUCCUCUCCCCCAGCAUAUUUUCCUGUGUGUUUUGAAUGAGGAAUUUGAAACUUGUUAGUGUAGUUCUCAAUUCUGGACUGAGGCUCAAAGGCUGAAGUUUUUGGUUUUUUUAUAUAAAUUGCAAAACGGUGAAAACUGACAGCCAAUGUGUUGUCACCUUGCUGACCUCAGCAGAAUAACUGAGCUUAUAGUGUUACUCAUAUUCAAGGAACUCCUUGAAUAUUGGUUUGUGUAGAUCCACAAUCUACAUGCAAUAUUAACUGAAUCCAGAUAGCUAAUGCAGUUGUUUCAUGUGUACAUAUGCUUUGUUUUUGUAAGACUACACUAGUUAUUGAACUUUUGUAAGCUGGCACUGAAACAUUUUUUAUAAUGUUUUGUUGCACCAUGUUUGAAGCUUUUACAGUGCAAUAAAUGUAUUAUUUUCUGAAGGUAAACCAAAGGUAAAUUUCUCAUGGUUCUUGCUGCUUGCUAUAGCAGCACUUGAGGAUCUUUUAUACAUUUGUAAUAGAUGAAAAAUAAACCAGAUUGCAAAUCCUGUUUUGUUUUUGUUUUUUUUUGUUUUUUUUAACCUAAACCAUGUACAAGUCUUUGGUCCAAAUUGUAGUGUAAAGUUAAACUAAAUUGCAUUAUUAACCCAUAUGAGUGUAUUUCCCUAAGCAUAGUUAUGUUGAAAUAAACUUUAUUAAAAAGUGUA